AUGCGUGGACGUGUUGCAGCAUGGACGGUGCAAGUGUUUGCUUGCGGCGAAAACAGAAUGAUGGAGGUAGACUGGUUAAGAGCAAAGGAUUUUUUGAAGAAGGUAAAGAGUGAAAAUUGGCAGGGUGAUCUUGGCUGUAUGGAGCUUGGAAUAAAUGAAGAGGGGGAGGCUGCAUUUAUAGGACAUUUUGAGGAGGGUAGAAUGGGGUUUGUCUAUGAAAUUCUAUUAGUGAAAUUGAGAGGAAUUGUUGCAGUCUUUUUGCUGUUUACGUUUGGUGUGUGGUUUUGUGCUACGCUUCACUUUGUUAUCGUGGAAUUGAUGCUAGCUGGAACGUAA